AUGGUUGAAAAUCUUGCUGAUAAAGCAGUUGAAAUUCGUCAAGCUGAAGCCUAUAAAUUUGACGUAAUGGGUAUGAAUGGGGGUCCUAUUUAUGCAUGUGCAUGUGCUGAAGCAUUACCACGGUUAUUUACAAUGAUAGGUGCACCGAAUAGUUGUGAACCUGAAAAUAAUACGACAACUAAAAACGCAGUUAGUGCUGUUAUUAAAAUAUAA